AUGCCUUCUCUCCCGAACACCUACAAGCAUGCAGUUUUCAAGAGCCAGGGACAGCCCCUGACCAUUGAAGAGGCUGAACUGAAGCUACCAGGUCCGGGUGAAGUUCUGGUCAAGGUUGAAGCUUGCGGAGUUUGCUACUCUGACAUGUACGCUCAGCACAACGGAAUGGGCGGCGGCUUCCCAAUUGUUCCCGGUCAUGAGAUCAUUGGAAGUGUCGCUGCGGUAGGAGAUGCUGAGACUACCUGGAAAGAGGGUGAUCGUAUCGGAGCAGGCUGGCACGGUGGCCACGACGGAACUUGUGCUGCUUGCAAAAAGGGUUGGCUCCAGAUGUGUGAGAAGCCUGUGAUCAACGGCGAGAACAAGCAGGGCGGUUACUCCGAGUAUGUUCUCAUUCGGGCCAAUUCUGGCGUCCGCAUCCCCAAGGACGUAGACGCCGCCAAAUAUGCUCCCGUCUUAUGUGCUGGGAUGACUUCUUUCAACGCUAUCCGCAACAUGAACAUUCCGGCUGGUGAGACAGUUGCCGUGCAGGGUUUGGGUGGCGUUGGCCACAUGGCCGUUCAGUAUGCCAACAAAUUCGGUUAUCGUGUUAUUGCCAUCUCUCGCGAUGGCAGCAAGGAAGAAUUCGCCCGGCAGCUCGGUGCACACGAGUACAUAGACGCUAGCAAGGGUGACGUCGGUGUACAAUUGCAGAAACUGGGCGGCGCUCGCCUGGUCGUCGCUACGGCCCCUACUGCCGAUGGUAUGGGUGAUCUUCUCGGUGGCCUGAACCUCUUAGGCAAACUCUUGGUCCUUUCCGUACCUGGUGAGAUCAAGAUCAACACUGCGGUUAUGCUUGGCAAGGGCUUGUCGGUUCAGUCUUGGCCUGGUGGUCACAAUGGCGAUUCGGAGGAGACCAUCCAGUUCACCAAAGCGCAAGGCAUCGACGUCAUAAUCGAGAAAUUCCCGCUGGACAAAGCUCAGGAAGCAUACGACAAAAUGCUGAGUGGCCAGAUCCGUGGCCGCGCUGUCAUCACCCCGUAA